AUUACGACUAAAUAAUCAUGAUUAUAAUUGAUUUUCUAACCCUGGCGGCUGCCGCCUAGAGAUGUCUAUUUUGAGCUUUGAGAGAUGCAGGAGGACAGCAAACGCAAGGGCGAAUUAACGGCCAUGCAAAGGACGUUUUUACUCGCAGUAAUCGGGGUUAUGGGUAUCAAUUUGUAUAUUUUUCGGAAAAUAAAGUGACGUUGCACACGGUAGCUCCCUAGGCCCCCUAACAUAGUAGUAGUUAUGACCAUACAUGCCUCUAUUCUCGAAAUAAAGGAGUUGAUGGUGUCAUAUGCUAACAACCAUGGGAAAGAAAAAGGAAUCCCUCAACUCGUCUACGUGCCAAGGAGGGCCAAUCCAAAGCGGCAGAGUGUCUCAUGCAAUACAUAUGCAUGGGAUCUUCCCGUACAGCCGUAGUCUGGUGGAGAGAACCAUCAUAUAUGGGUUUGGUCUCCACAAACCCUAUUCAAACCUUUUUCCCCCAAUAUUAAUAUGUGAAAGGCGUAGCAAAACACGACCGCCUCGCAAUCUCCAGUUCUGUUGUCAGCUAUUACUAGCCAUUGAUAGCCACUGCGCGAGACUGCAAAAGGAGCUCGGUGAAGGAGCGCGUAACCUUCUUUUCCAAAACUUCCGCGCACGGGGAAAUUUCCCACGUCACAAGAAAAUUCGCCCAGCCAUUUUCACGUGACGUGACCUAGUUUCUCUGUCAAGAGGGGAGACCGCUGCUGGGGCCAUCCACUCCCUAUUCCAUACUCACAUAGGGGCUGAGAGAUAGGGCUGUGGAGCCACAACUAGACCCUCAGAGAAGGCUAUCACGGACCGGAGGCAAAACGUAGAGGUACAGAGCCAAUUGGCUCAACCGGACCACUCCUUGAUCAUGCCCAACAGGUACCAGAGCAACAGGAGGGACUAUCAUAUCGUCGUCCUGGGCGCAGGGGGCGUGGGCAAGAGUUGCCUUACAGCGCAGUUUGUCCAAAAUGUGUGGAUAGAGAGCUAUGAUCCCACCAUCGAGGAUUCGUACAGGAAGCAGAUCCAAGUCGAUGGGAGGCAAUGCAUGUUAGAGAUCCUCGACACCGCAGGAACUGAACAGUUCACCGCAAUGAGGGAACUGUACAUGAAGACGGGCCAGGGCUUCCUCCUUGUCUUCUCCAUCACCAGCCGCAGCAGCCUGGAGGAGCUCUCGGAGCUGCGCGAGCAGAUCAUCCGCAUCAAGGACGACGAGCACGUGCCCAUCGUCAUCGUGGGGAAUAAGUCCGAUCUCGAGGGCGACCGCAUGGUGAGUCGGUCCAAGGCUUUCGCGCUGAGCCAGAGCUGGGGAGAUGCGCCGUACUACGAGACGUCGGCGAGGCGACGAGCGAACGUCGAUGAGGUCUUCAUCGAUCUCUGUCGGCAGAUCAUCCGCAAGGGCAACGACGUGACGCAGGAGCCGGAAUACGAGCCCGAAGCGCCGAAGAAGGAGAAGACGCGCCGGCACCUGCUGCGCCGGAAGGACGGGCCUUGGUGCACGAUCCUGUGA